AUGGAGAGGGAAACAUUCCAAUUGCUUUCAGAUAGAUUGCUGGCAAUCGAACUUAAAGUCAAUACUGCAAAUAGUAAAGAUUUAUCUACUCAGUUAUUUGAAUUGAGGCAGGUGCUUUCUAAAUCGUAUGCUAGCAGCUCUGAAUUGCAAACAUUGAGCAGAAUUAUUAGUGAACUCAAACUCUGGGGUACGAUCAAGUUAGAAGAAAAUGAACCUACAAGACAGACCACUGAAGAUGUAGACCUCGAUAAGAAUAGUAAAGAGCUGGUUAUUUUAGCCAAGUAUCCUAUAAUUAGAGAGUCCUAUCUUAACCUUUCCAAGCUAUCUGCAAUGGAUAUUCCUGUAUUGAUUAACCAUAUUGCGAACUCGCAGGAUAAAACCCACGAUUUAUAUAAAGAACUUUCGAAACUUUCAGAGACUAAGGACAGAACUGAGAAUAUUGCAAAUGCCUUUCACAUAUUGGUGGUCAAAAAUAUGAUUGCUUUAGAGAAGUAUGUAGCCUUAAUGAUAAGGGAAAAUGAGUUUUGGGUUGAUGUUGAAAGAAGAUUGGGAGCUAUCCAACAGAUUUCUAAUAUGCAAGAAACGAAAUUCCAGAUAGAGAAUAAAUAUUAG